AUGUCACCAGAAGCACCUACCGCACCCAUGAGAAGCACCGCUUGGAAGAUAUUGCAUUGGCUUCGUCGGGGACACGUAAAUAACUUUGUCAAUCCGGCGAGAGAAGUAGUACGGAGCAACCUGGAGCAUGUGCAGCUUGGGAGAGCAUGCACACCACGUCCACCUUCGCCCUCAUCCCAGCCGCCCGCUCAUGAUAAUGACUUUGGAGAUCUAGCCUCCGAUGGUCUGCAUGAGAUAGACCGUGAAGCUCGAACCAGCUAUUCAAGACUCUAUGUCAACUGCAAGCUCAUCAAAGCGGCCCCAGGCCACACUACCAUUCUGCCGACAACUACACAUCCUCCAAUCAUGCCCAACAACCACGACUCAGGCUCACUGAACCACAUGUCCUACAGAGACAUCGCCCAGGCCCUUGAUGAGCCGAUCAUGCUUACAACAGAUAUUAAAGGCAUUCCAUCGCAGUCCACGGCCACCGGCCAACCCCAGCUUAAAGUUCAAAUCAUCAAUCCGCUCGCAUCACUCUUUCCGGAUGCACAAGAGAGCCCACCGGUCCAUCUCGUGCCCAAUUCAGCUGUUCCAAUAUUCUCCAGCAUUGUGUCGUCGACCGUCAAACUUGCUGCGCACAUGGAAAACACUUCGGUUUGUGACUCGGAUCCCAUCGAUACUAUUCACGUUCCUCAAUCACGUUCAACAUCGGACAUUAGCAAGAAUGGUGUUGCGGGCAUGCCGGGUGCCACAGAUGUUUCAAAAGGCGCUAAAAAAAAGGAAGUGACCGCACCGAAACAGACUACUAUUCGUGCAACUGCAAAAAGUCUUUGUCGAACGGAUUGGUGCAAGGACAACCCCAACGGCUCCAACUCACAAUUUGAGACGCACUGGAGGAAGCUCGAACCUUUUGCCAAACAGAGCUAUAGUGAUAGGCUUGCCCUGGUCAAAAUAGCAAGGUCAAGUGCAACAUCCGUCCCUCAGCGUGCUCUCACACCGGACUCUGUCGCUGUCGCUGUCCCCCAUGCUCUCAUACCGGAAUCUGUCACUGUUUCUGUCCCCCAUGCUCUCACACCGUUCGUCUCUGUCCCCUGUGCUCUUACACCAUCUAUCUCUGGCCCGUCAGAUGCUCACGUGGAUGUGGGAGGCGAGAUGGUGGAACCACUCGCAGUUGCUUAG